UGUAAAAUGUAUUUAAACUUUUGCCGACAUAUAAAAACCGUAUAUCGUAGAAACUCGCUACUUGAACCUUUCCCCAAGGUAUACACUUAUUCGAAUCGGUCCUCACUGUUCGAAGUCUAAGUCUCCAAUGUACAAGACUCUCCAGAAACUCUCAUUCUUUUGCGUCAUGAACCGAUCAGAUAAGCACUUGUCAAGUAAUUAAUAAUAUAAUAUCUAACAAGUUGUACCUGUGGCGUCCGCUAACUCCACUCCCAUUCAGCUGUGCUUCUGUGUUCCGAACCUCCGCACUCUUACCGCACUCGUAGUAGAACAUUCACCCAGUUUGUCCGCGUCGAAUGAUGCUUCUCCCGGAUUGUUUUCGCUCUUGGCAGUACCUUGCGUUCAUUUUAGUGAUUUUGUUCUCGUCGCUGAUCCCCGUUGAUGCCUACUUUGUAAUAAAUCAGCCAGGCUCAUCUACAUUGUGGAAGAAUGGCUCUCCUUAUCCGGUUUCAUGGACGAUGGGCUUGUUGAAUGGCAUUGAGACCUUCGAUAUAGAGAUAACAAGACUCAGUCGGGUUGGAAUAUAUUUUGUGGCGAAAGAACUGCCUAUCACUAUGAAUAGCCUUAAUGUUGUCCUCCAGGACGUACCGGCAGGCGACGACUACUUCUUGAUUUGCCUCAACUCCACCGCCGGCAUCACAUACUCUGUUUCAUCCCGCUUCUCAGUCGUGGACGCCAAUGCCACAGGGAGCAACCCGAGUCCCGCUUCAGCCCCAACAGUGACCGUCAGUGGCAUACCCAAUCCUCUAUCACAGUUCGCGCAGACAUUCGGGCCCUCCACGAAUGGCGUGGUGCGCCCGGGAUGGGCCGGUAUCAGGAACCAGGUCACAGCCAUUAGUGUGGCUGUGGGAGCUGCAUUGGUUGGCGGUGUUAUCACUUUCUACUGAUUUUUAGAACCUCGUAAUAUUUAUAUAUUAGUGCUCUCUUGCAUUUCAUGGACAGAUUUUCGGCAAUCGACCGGUCACUGGACAUCGUAUAUGUGUACAUUCAUUUAGUUAUUAUGCAGUUCCCGCUACCCUUUGUAGUGGGUCUUGUACUGUCUGGUCGUACUAGUAAGAUCUCUGACAAUGUUGGAAUCAUGACGAGCAAAUAGUAGCUGGUGAUCAGUUCGUACAUGGCGAUGUCAGUAAUUUAAUUCCGCUGUCC